AUGGCUCGCCGGCUCGUCCGAACGGGCGUUCAGCUCGGUUUACUAGUAACUUUCGCGAUCCUUUUGGUCGUAUUCCUCGAUAAUCAAUUCCGUGUCCUCCCUGACUCCAUCCAUGGCCACCUUCCCAUGCACUACUCCGGCUACGUGAUCACUGAUGUGACAGUCACCAAGUGUUCAUCUCUCAACCCCUUCUUGACUUGCAAACUCGACCCGGCAAUUUGGUACCGCAUCGACAAGGACCUCUACCUGCGCUCGGGCUGGACCUCGACUGCCUAUGUUCAAUUCCAGCGGAAGAAGGAGGAGGAGUUGACCGCGGAUGACAGGGUCGUCGUUGAUUUGAAAAUCAGCCGUCUCACUCCUCCGACUGAGUAUAGUCCCAAGGGUGAGGUCGAAGCGUGGGAACCGCGACCGGGUGGUAUCUGGCUAAAGCGUUCAGCCUCUCGCCACGCGAGCGAUUCUGGAAAGGCGGUGACAUACGUUGAUGUGUUAUUCGGUGCAGAUGCUGUGGACCCCCGUAUGAAUUGGGAGGUCAAGGAUACCCCUUUGUUGCUGGACGGUUGGACGGAAAAGCUGGAGACUCGUCUCAGCAUUCGACGAGGCAACCCGACCAAGAGCAAGAAGCCCACGCCCAGAAUCAACGAGAAUGGAAAAUUCAGGGUCAUGCAGCUGGCGGAUCUGCACUUGAGCACGGGUCUCGGUGCCUGUCGUGACCCUAUUCCAGCCGAGUUUGUGCCUGGGCAGAAGUGUGAAGCCGAUCCCCGCACAUUGGAAUUCGUGGCGAGGCUCCUUGAUGAGGAGAAACCCGAUAUGGUCAUUUUGAGUGGUGACCAGGUUAACGGGGAGACAUCUCCUGACGCCCAAAGUGCAGUCUUCAAGGGCGUUCAACUCCUCAUCGACCGCAAGAUUCCCUACGCCGUCAUUUUCGGUAAUCACGAUGAUGAAGGCGACUUGAACCGAGCACAACUCAUGUCUAUUUAUGAAGACCUUCCCUACUCGCUUGCAGCAGCUGGCCCCGAAGACAUUGACGGGGUCGGAAACUAUAUUGUCGAAGUCCUCGACCGCGGCAAGAGCACGCAUUCUGCUCUUACUCUCUAUCUCCUUGAUACCCAUUCUUACUCUCCUGAUGAACGCCAAUUCCGAGGCUACGACUGGAUCAAGCCGAGUCAAAUUCGCUGGUUCAAGAACACUGCUCAAGGCCUUCGGAGGAAACAUCUGGAAUACUCUCACAUCCACAUGAAUUUGGCAUUUAUCCACAUCCCAUUGCCCGAGUACCGGAGCAGUGGAAGAUACGUCAAGGGCGCGUGGGAUGAGGCUCCUACCGCGCCUGGGUUCAAUUCCGGCUUCAAGGAUGCCCUGCAAGAAGAGGGCGUCCUCUUUGUCAGUUGUGGACAUGACCAUGUCAACGACUAUUGCAUGCUCGAGCCAGAUGCCAACGAUAAGCCCUCCCUCUGGAUGUGCUACGGUGGUGGCAGCGGCCUGGGUGGCUACGGUGGCUACAACGACUACGUCCGGCGUGUACGUUUCUUCGAUUUCGAAAUUGGCCCCGGCCGAGUCACCACCUACAAGCGCCUAGAGUGGGGACAGACAGAAGCCAAGAUCGACGAAAUGAUGAUCGUCGACGGCGGUGCUGUCAAAGGUCCCAGUGAAGCAUCUUGA